CCUGCCUCUCUCUGGGCUCCAUCCCAGCCUCUUGCCCUUUGCAAGACGGCACAGCAGGCUGGCUGGUUGACUUCAGGGAGCAUUCCUCUGCCUUUGAGAGACAGAUCUGGGGCUCUUGGUCAUGAGCUCCCAAGAGACCCCACAAGGUCGGAGAUUUCCCAUAGAGGCAGGAGACUCUCCCAGCCUGGCGACGGCACCCGAAACACAGGAGCCAGUGGCACCUGAGCGCCCUGGAAGCAGGCACAAGCCAGUAAAGGUGCUGCGAAGAUGUCCCGGGUGCCAUUGCCUGACCUUGCCCAACGUCCCCAUUGACGUCUACAUUGCCAUGGGAGGCAGCCACCGGCCACGGACCACCUGAGGCUCCCCCAGCACAAAAGGCCACAACAGCCGCCCCCCCUUGGGAACACGCAGACGGACAGACGAGGGGCGGCCGCGCAGGAAGCCACACAAAACAGUGACCCACAUUUUAAUAAAAGGACACCUUAAAAUGUUUCGGUGGCCAUCGUUCCUCGA